AUGAUUUCCCGUCGUUUUUCCGCACUUCUGUUUCUUCUGGGUUCCUUGGUCACCCUGCUCUCUGCACAACCUGUUCGACCCUUUGCUGGAAACUCUGCAUACGCGGUCGACGCCGAAGAGAACAAAGAAGAGGGGCGAUGGGGCUUCAGUGUGUACGCAGAUGGUUACACAGCCAAGGACGCAAAUGGCAAGGUGUUGCCCGUUGAUACCCUCAUGGUCAACACGGUGUCCAAACGCCUGACCGUCAUGAAGGCAAUGAACGGAGACGACAAGACGGACCCUCGACUGAAAAUGCGCCAGGUUCUCAAGGCGUGCUGGGAGAUGACUGGUCUCAAGCCUUCCGAGCUGAAGACCGUGAUGGGAUCGAAAAUCAGUAACACCAACAUGCAAGAAGCCCUAGCCUCUUGCCGUACCGAUUUGAAGCUCAAAGAGACGGAUUCAUUCACGGUCACCAGCACCGAAACGGAACCUGAGCGCAAGAAAUGUUGGGAGACUGUUGGCAAGACCAUCUUCUCGUCGGCUAUUCAAGGUGCCAUUAGGGACUUCGAUAUCAACAAGGAGCUUCUUGAGCUUGAGUUCAAACAAACACUCCGUGGACAAAAUCUUGCCUACUCUCAGCAUGUCUCCCUUAUUGCCCCUUCUCAUAAUAUCCUGGUCGUUCACCCGCACAUCGCUAUCACCUCUGAAGAGCGUGAGGAAGUCUUACGCUCCGUCGAAUACAAUGUCUUUGUCUUCCCCGCAGCCCUCCUCACCUGCGAUUAUCUCUCCGAUUCGGGCACCUCGGCCAUGACUGAUGUUCAGUGGGCAGCGAUGCUCAGGGGUGAUGAGAGUUAUGGCCGCAACUCAGGCUACUACUGCCUCCUUGAGGCCUUCCGCGAUGUCUUCGAGCGUGGUGAAGAUCAUCGAUCUGUCUUCAAAGAUGUCCUUGCCGGCACAGCUGACAGCACUUUCUACCGCGAGAUAUUUCUCAAGGAGAUCUGUGGCGGAUUCGUGAAUGGCGGCCCUCUCCAGCUUAUCCGUCCGAACUUUUUCAUUUUGCCCCAGGGGCGGUGUGCCAAAGUAUUGCUCUUCUCUACCUUGAGCGACACACUGUGUAACAUCGACACCGAUCCCCGCAACGUCAGUAAUCUGCCAGCUCUUAUUAGUAACGCAUUCUUCGACGCCACGGCUGCGAACGCUGCGGCGGCUGGCUUUCAGUUGCACACAUUCACUCAGCCCGGGCUCACCGACCCCUUCCCAGCCGAACAGGUCGGCGUUAAAAAUCCGUUCAAAGGGAACCUGGACAUCGAGAAGGUGUCGGCAUUCCUUGGUGCUGGUGGGAAUGCUAGCCGCGUGGCCAUGCUUCUACUUACAAUCACCAACAAUUGGGCCGGAGCGCAGCCAGUUUCCAUGGGCAACAUCAAAGCUGCAGCUGAGUUAGCAAAGAAACAUAGCUUGCCCCUUUUCUUCGACGCCUGCCGAUUUGCAGAGAAUGCCAAGUUCAUCCAGGACUUUGAGGCUGGAUAUCAGGACAGAAGCAUCCCACAGAUUGUCCAGGAGAUGUUUGCGUACGCAGACGGCUUUACUAUUUCUCUCAAGAAGGAUGGCCUGGCGAAUAUGGGUGGUGCACUAUGUUUCCGAGACCAGGGCAUCUUUCCGAUAAGAUUCGGUGCAGACAUCGGCAUUCGCUUGAAGGAGAGACAGAUCAUGUGUUACGGGAAUGACUCCUACGGGGGUAUGAGCGGUCGCGAUGUCAUGGCUGCCGCUGUCGGGCUCUACGAGGUCACCAAGGAGACGUACCUAGCCGACCGAAUCGGCCAAGUCAAGAAAUUCGCCGAGGGCUUGAUCGCCAAAGGUGUUCCUGUUCUCCUGCCACCCGGCGGCCAUGCUAUCUAUCUCGAUAUGGAUGGCUUCUUUGCCGACUGUGGGAGGUCUUACGGCGAGUUCGCCUCCGUCGGUUUCACCUUGGAGCUGCUCAAAGACUAUGGCAUCCGAGCAUGUGAAGCUGGUCCUUUCGGGUGGGAGUGGGACAAGAAAGAAAGCAUUACGCAAGACAGAGACAACAUUCCCAAUUUGGUCCGGUUCGCCGUCCCGCGGUACGUGAUGUCGGAUAGACACAUCGAAUACACCAUUGCCGCCGUAUCGCAGCUCCACCAAAGACGCCAUAGUAUCCCUGGAGUGAGGAUCACCCGAGGAAAAGAGUUAAGGAUGAGAGUGUUCCAGAGCGGGUUGCAACCUGUCCCCGUUCUCUCGGGGUUGAGCUCCCCGACCGAUGUUGGAACUUUCAAGAGCGAGGCCUGGCACGACAUCCAAAAGCUUUUUGAUGCUCUUCAUCUAGAUGAUCAAGCUUUGAAAAUGUUCUAUCAUGCUUUCGAUGUACCCAUGCAGGGCUGGGGUCAUCUGCCAGCAUCUGAGCCACCUUUCGGGUGGAAGUCGGAUGCAAGCCUCAAUCUUUGUCCAUUCGAGUACUCCGUUGCCAUUGAUAAGGCGACCGGGAAAGCUCAGCUACGCUUCCUCAUAGAAAACCAGGCAGAUGAGGCAACUCUUGAGGCCCACCAACGAAGCGCUUUGCAACUAAAUAAUGAGACACAACGCAUACAUCCGAAUGCAGUCUCUCUGGAUCGAUUCAACCAUAUCAAAGAUACCUUCUUUCCCUCAGGGGCGGAAGCACAAGGAACCUUUGUAGGGUGGCACAGCUUUGUUGCUGAAGAAGGCCCUCGUCCGGGAUGGAAGAUCUACCUGAACGCCAAUGCUCAGGGAGAAUCCCGGGCCCCAGCAGUUGUCCGCGAAGCCCUCAACAAACUUUGUAUGCCACAAGCUUGGGCUCCUCUUGAGAAAGUCUUACUGCCAGGGAACAAGCUCAUGUAUCUUUCACUGGAUCUGUGCCCUGGCUCUCAAGCCCGAGUCAAGAUUUACGUGCAGCAUUUCGGCGCAACGGCCGCGGAUCUAUCGCAGGCGGCCUCCAUCGUUGGCCCCGACAUUGUUGGUGCAUCUGAUCCCGAAAUACUCCAUUUCUGUACCGUUCUGAGUGAUGGUUCUGAGGGGCCAUACGAGGGCAAGGGGCCGAUGACUUGUUUCAGUUUCAUUGCGGACGGUGAGGACGUGAAGUCAGAGGUGGCAGUGUACUUCCCUGUUCAUGAUUACGCCUCCGAUGAUGCUGAGAUCCGCAACCGGAUAGAGACCUACUUGGGGACUGCUGAUGAAAAGGCUCUGAAGACGUAUCAGAGAGUACUUGAUGCCGUCGCUCAUCGGCCUCUGCAGGAUGGCCGGGGAAUUCAUGCAUGGGUUGGGUUGAAGAUGACGAGAAGCCGGGGGUCCGUAGUGACCUUCUAUCUGGCUUCUGAGAUGUUUGGCAAGUUGUCAAAGAGGCUAUCAAAGUGCUUUGAUGACGGUAUCAUAACGAUCAUGCGUAAUUUUAGGAGCCAUGAGAUGCUGCUCCGCAUCGUCUGA